GUCUUUAAGCGUUCUGUAAGGGAAUUUUGUGAGAACUUUCAGUUCGUUUCAAAAACCCUCUGUAAAUGACUUUCCGCUGAGGACGGAUUGGCAAGGAGACAAUGGCCUGCAGGAAAAGCCCUGACUUACUUUACGUCCCCUCUUCACACUCUCCCAGACACGACUGUCAGCUGCGAGCGUCAUCGCCAGCCCGGGAUCAAAUGUGCUGCCGCCUCCUGGACUUCUGGGAGAGUUUGUUAUUCAUUCCUGCGAGGAGGAUGAGGGGUCACUAUUGUUGUCCCUCCGACUCCACCAAUGCGGCUCUGCAGGAAACGGUUUCAGGGUUUGGUGUGAUUUAUGAGGGAAAGUUCGGGAGGAGCUCUGGCUGUCUCUGGAGAUCUCCGUAGGUUCGGCGUGAAGUACCGUUAACCUCUGGAGCUUUCCCGGGGAGGGCCCGGAAAGAGUCACGGCAUGGGAAGUGUGUCUUAUAAACACAGCUCCCGCCCCGAGUCCUGGCAGAAGUGUUUACAUGUCAUUACCCACAAGUGUAACCUCUGACCAUUGCUUUUCAUAACAAAGCUGUAGUAUCACAACCGUCCGAAGGUCUGUCUCAUUCCCACAACCGGACCUCAGAAAUGUACAACAGCAGCUACUCCCGGGCCACUCUCGGACUGGAGACGAAAAAGAUCCACAAGGCGAAGAAGGGGAAAAGCUGCGGCUACUACAUGAGGAUCGUCUUCUUCUUCUCGUCUCUGAUCCAGUCCCUCAUCAUCGCCAGUUUGGUGCUCUUCCUCGUGUACGGCCAGCCAGAGAAGACGGCCGAGGAGAAGAGAGUGGAAGAGCUGGAGCUGGCCUUCAACAAGCUCUCUACAGACAACACCAAACUCAGAAAAGACAAAGCUGACCUCACCGGCGCCCUCAAGGCAAAGACUGGAGAGAAGGAUGCGGCGGAUAAAGAGAUCGCAAAACUGAAAAAUGAUUUGAACUUAACAACGAUCAAGAGCAGUAACUUGCAGAAGUCACUUUCUCUCUGUGAGGCCAAUAAAGCAAAGAUUCCAAGCACUCGAUAUACUCCACUCCCAUGUCCACCAAGCAACAACAAUCAGAAUGGUGAAAUAAAAACUCUAAAUACUCUUCUGGAACAGCAGAAAGUUCUAUAUGGAAUACUUAAGAGCAACUUCAGCCAAACGGUGGAGUACCUUAAAACUGACUUGGACAACGCAGUGAAGGAUAAAAAUGAACAUCACAGCCAGGUGAUUCAGCUGAGACAAGAAUCCAUGAACUUGAAAUCCCAGCUUGAUGUGUACACCAAGAAAUGCAAAGAAGACUUUGCAGAGUCCCUCCAAGGCAUCCAGACGGUCACAAGUGCCUUCCUGACCAAAAUCGACAACUUCUUCACCAACUCGGUCACGUUUCACCUCACCUGCCCGAAACAGGAAGAGCAGAUGGAAAGGAUUCGCUCCAACUGCUCCAGCCUCUCUCGACAGGUGGAGGACAAGUUCCAGAGCUACCUGGACAACGUGGGAGCGAAGGUCUCCAGCAUUCAAAAACAGAGCAGCCGGUUGGAAGUACAGAACACGGGACUGACUUCAGAACUAGACAAGUGCAAAAUGGACCGGGAGAAAGAGGCUGCGGAGAGCAGCAAAAAACUGCAGGAUGCCCAACAGAAGUAUGACAAGCAGCUGGAGCAGCUUCUCAAGGAGCAAAGCAGACUGAGGGACGCCAAAGACCUACUAGAAGCCCAACUUUCUGUGAAUGACGCCACCCUUAUAUCCCUGCGAAAUGGCUGCACACAACAGCCCAGACCUGCUGGUCUUCAACCCCCUGGCAUAGCCACACCUGGUAGGGGCCAUUAACCACUAAAGGCUGGGUGUGGAGAAGGGAAUGAUCUGAAUCUCAAGGCCGGACUCUGAGUUUCUGAGUGUCUUGUGUGUGGGAGUUUCCUGAUUUUGAGCCUGUGAUCUCUUUUGUAAAUAACGUUGUCACUGUAGAUCACUGUGAAUGUACGUGCGCUCUAAUGUUUAGUUCAUUGUAUAGUUGUAUUUAAGCAUCAUGGGCUGUGAACUUGCAAGACAUGAUGUACUUCUGAGGUCUCAAUCAGUUAUUCAGUUAUUUAGAGUGGUGCAGAUCUAAAAAUGUGAGACUGCCUUUCCUACAAAGCACACAGUUAAUAUUAAAUAAAAAAAUUUACAGCAUCAGUUGUUAAAUACUGAGAGAACCUGGUUCUGUGAAACCUCCAUGUGAGUUGUGAUGUAUAUAAUGUUCUUUACACAUUAAUUGUGUUGCAGUGAUUGUUU